AGGCAAGAAUAUUAGUUGUUUCCUGCCUUAACUGUUAAGGAUGGACAAAAACAGAAAACAUAUGGCUGAGAGAAUAUUAAAGCUCACCCUAGAGAUCAUCUACCUGCUGACUGGAGAGGAUUACAUAGUAGUGCAGAAGGCAACUGAGGAUCCUAUAACAGUGUCUCCACCUCACUCGCUGAUACAUGAGAGAAACCGCUAUCAGGAGAUCCUGGACCUCACCAACAAAAUUACUGAGCUGCUAACUAGAGAGAUUCCAUUAAGGUGCCAGGAUAUCACUGUUUAUUUCUCCAUGGAGGAAUGGGAGUAUUUAGAAGGACACAAGGAUCAGUAUGAGGACAUUAUAAUGGAGACUACCCAGAGUCUCAUAUAUUCAGAUGACUCCACCAAAGAAACACCAGUGAGAUGUUCGGGUUGUUUAUAUUCUAAUGAUUUUGCAGAUAGAUUCCCUCAGGUAGAUAUAAUUAAAGAAUUGUGUAUAUGGUAA